CAUUAUUCACACUAUAUAUUAAUGACGACGUCACCGGUUCAGAAGGGUAUCAAAUCAUUAUAUUACAUCCAGUAAGUAGAUACUAUUAAUUAUACUUUUAGUAAUCAUGACAAUUCAUUAUUAGUAUUUAAACAACGAUGUACAACUUACUGAAAAUAUUUUGUAUUUUUUGCGUUAUUGGUGCAAAUAAUUCUGCAAGAAUACUAGCAGUGUAUCCAGUGCCUUCCAUAAGUCAUCAACUAGUGUUUCGUCCGGUAAUGCAAGAAUUAGUGAAACGAGGCCACGAAGUAGUAGUAAUUACAGCAGACCCCGCAUUUCCAAAAGGUCAAGCUCCCCAAAAUCUGACUGAAAUAGAUGUUCAUGAUUUAUCUUACAAAAUAUGGAAUGAUUUAUUAGAAGCGGGAUUAGCGCAAUCUCGUAUGACUACGGAGACAUUAAAACUAAUUUUGGAUUCCUUUACGGUAAUUUUCGAAGCACAAGCAAAAUCGGAGGACGUCCAAAAACUCAUUGAAGAUAAAGAAAAAACUUUUGAUUUAUUAUUUGUUGAAUCUUGUGUGAGACCAGCUUUAAGUUUCGCUUACCGAUACAAUGUGCCAGUAAUAGAAUUUAGUUCGUUUGGUGGUGUAUUUGGGGUGUUUGAUAGAACAGGAGCUCCAACUAAUUAUUUCGUUUAUCCUUUUUCAAUACGUGAGAGGAUAUUUAAUUUGACUUUAUGGGAAAAAAUUAAGGUAGUGUAUAACGAGUACAAUUUUGAAAAAUUAUACUAUGAACAUGAAGAAUCAGAGAAUGAAAUAGUUAAAGGCAUAUUUGGCCCAAAUGUACCUAUGCUAAACGAGUUAAAAAAAUAUGUGCAACUGAUAUUCUUGAAUGUAAACCCUAUAUGGGACUUCAAUAGACCCGUUCCACCUAAUGUAAUUUACUUGGGUGGCGUUCACCAGAAGCCUGAUAAGGAGAUACCGAAGGAUCUCAAAACUUACCUCGACUCGUCUAUUAAUGGCGUAAUAUACAUGAGUUUUGGUACAAAUGCUAGACCAUCACUACUACCUGUCGAAAAAUUAAGUAUAUUCACAAGAGUGUUUUCCCAACUACCUUAUGACAUUUUAUUGAAAUGGGAUGCAGAAGAAUUACCAAAUCGUCCUGAAAAUGUCAGAAUUUCAAGAUGGUUACCACAAUCAGAUUUAUUAAAGCAUCCAAAAGUGAAACUAUUCAUAACUCAAGGAGGUUUACAGUCAACCGAUGAAGCGUUAACAGCAGGUGUACCAUUAAUUGUAAUACCAUUUCUUGGAGAUCAAUGGUUUAACGCCGAGCACUACGUAAAACAAAAUAUAGGAAUACGUCUUGAGUUGGAAACUAUUACUGAAGCUGGACUGAAAAAUGCUAUUGAAACCAUUAUGCGAGAUGAUACUUAUCGCGAAAACGUAGUUAAAUUGCAUAAACAGAUGCGCGAUCAACCUCAGUCGGCGCUAGAGCGUGCCGUGUGGUGGACGGAAUACGUGCUUAGGCAUGGUGGCGCGACGCAUCUACAAGCUGCAGGCGCACAUAUGCAUUGGACGGAAUAUUAUGCAUUAGAUAUUAUAUUAAUGCUUUUGAGUAUGUCUGUCGCAAUAUUUAAAGGGAUUCUAUUAUCAAUAAGAUAUAUUGUACUAAAGCUAAAAAAGAGUAAUUUAAAAAUUAAGAUG